AUGCAUUCAAAAACCGUUCAAAAUCUGUUGCUAUUGCUGGUGGCGGUGGUAGCGACCUCUAGGUGUGAAACGCGCAAGCAAUUUCACAGCAGAUUCUCCAGCCGAGACGCGCACCUUUUUCAACGGCCAGAACUGCGCACCGAGACCGACGUCGUGUCCCGGGAAUCGUACAUCAAGUCGAUACCACUGCGGGUGCUGAAUUGCAUGGAGCACGUGUCGAUCGUUGACUGCGGGAAACGGUAUUUGCUGCAGAACAUGGAAUCGAAGAGUUACCGGUUCGCCAACACCGGCAACCUCACCCACGAUGUUCAGCAGAUCCUGCUGCCGGACUACCGGGCCGCGGACAACAAGCUGUUCAGCGAUCGGCUGCUCGCGCUGAACGGAAGUGACGUGAACGAGCGAAUAGAUCGCGGUCUGCGGUUGCUGUUCAACGAACGCAUCGUCGAUCUGCAGCUGGUGCCCGGGCUGGCCGUACGGUUGACGCCGAGCGGCUCCGACCAGCUGGAGUUCUCCGUCAAGAAAGCGGUGGCCGUCGUGGACGGUGAAGUCGGUCGGGACAAGGCAAAGAAGGGCCUGAAAACGGUGCUGCAGCUGGGCGUACCAUUGAUUCUGCUACCUUCGAUGCUCCUGGCGGGUGUAUUGCCCAUGGUCUUGCCCAUCCUCAAGUUCGCCACCAUCUUCUCCAGUAUCGUGAACCAUGCCGCCCUCGCCGCGGCCAUCAUGUACCUGGCGAAGCAGCACGCAGCCGAACAGGAGAGCAAACAGACGGUCUACUUCAACGCGGGCUACAACUAA